UUAUAAAGUAGUCUACUGAGUUUAAUUCAGUGUCAGAUUAGAGAAUAGAGUUUUGGAGAAAAGUCAACGCAUACAUAUAGUUAGUAGCUCUUCAGGUUUUGGCGACACAUCUUGGGUUGGCAUACAUCCCCUGUAUGCACAACGUUUAGGAGUUGCUUUGAAAGUGAGUUGCGACUGCAGGUGACAUCCAGUCACCACGGACGGCGCCUCAUAAACAGACCGAUUGGAUGCCAGGCGCUCUUCCUUGAGAACGGUAGAGAGAUUCCUGUUGACGGGUACCACUCGUGCUCAGCAUCCCAAACUGAGUUUACUUGGCAACUUCCAGCUAGUGAACGAUCAUUCUCACAAGCAACGGGUUGAAUUGGUGAAAUAAAUAGCAGAAACUAUGCCCAGCAAAAGCGAAGAUAAUCGGCCAAGACUCUGCCUGCUGGAGAAAGGAGACAAUGGUUAUGGGUUCCAUCUCCAUGGUGAGAAGGGUAAGACCGGGCAGUUCAUACGGCUUGUGGAGCCCGACAGUCCGUCUGAAACUUCUGGGAUUCGCGCGGGGGACCGACUAGUGUUCGUGAACGGGGAGAACGUGGAGAGCGAGAGCCAUCAACAGGUUGUGUCCCGGAUAAGAGCCACGGUGGGCCAGCUCGAGCUCAUUGUUGUCGACCAGGACACUGAGCAACUGUUGAAAAAACACAAGAUGAAGUGUCUCAAAGAAUAUGUCACGGAGCGCAUUCCUUUACCCAGCGACGACGAGUCAGAAAGCGAAGACGUUAAGGAGAACGGGACACCAUGCGGGACACCGAGAGAAUCCACACCCAUCCCGGAAAAUAACGGAGAGCUCCAUGGCCACGUAGAGCUCCAUAGCCAUGUUGAGAAAAAGCUGAGCAUCAACUCUGAGAAGGACGUGCAGAGUGAGCUCAGGCCGCGUCUGUGUGUGAUCAAGAAGGGGCCUCAUGGCUACGGCUUCAACCUGCACAGUGAGAAGGCCAGACCAGGCCAGUACAUCAGAGCAGUGGAUGAGGACUCACCUGCACAGAGGUCAGGCCUGCUGGCCAAGGACAUGAUAGUACAGGUGAAUGGUAUGACAGUGGAGGGGAAGCAGCACUCGGAGGUGGUGGCAGCCAUCAAGUCUGGUGGUGAGGAGACCUCUCUACUGGUUGUGGACACAGACACAGAUGCCUUCUUCAGGAGGUGCAGAGUCACUCCCACCCCAGAACACGUCACAGGAUCUUUGCCUGAGCCUGUUGUCAACGGAGACAUGGAAAAGACGGUGAAUGGAAAUGGAAAACUGUCCAAAGAGGUGGAGCAGGACUCUAAGCUGUCAAUCAGCCCGUCUCCAAGCAACACCUCCUCCAACGCCUCACUCACAACACCGUCCACAGAGUUGUCUGAGCCAGUGAUCAUGGGCGCCAUCCCGGGUCUGAACCUGUCCCUGCAGCAGGUCAAGGAGCGUGCUCACCAGAAACGCUCCAACAAGAGGGCCCCGCCCAUGGACUGGAGCAAGAAAAAUGAACUGUUCAGCAACCUGUAGAUAGAGCACCUCACCCUGCACACAGCCACAUACAGUAGAUACUCACAGAGAGGUCAGUGAAGGAGAGAGAGACGGAGAGAGAGGGGUUGUUCUAAGCCCCAUGUUUUCUAUGACUCAUUAAAACCAGCAGUUUAACUAUUGGUGAGGGAGAAUACAGGUAUAUGUAUGUAAAAUAUAUACACAGAUAUUUGUAUUAUAUUCCAGAUGCUAUAAAUGAUGUGCUACCAAUAUCUAGACGAAUAUGCCAAUGUUGGAAAGGAAACAGCUACAUCAGAUCAGAAUCUUUGUAUUGUGAUUUGAAAA